GCACUCUGACCACUAAGCCCGCAACCACCGGUGCCCAGGAGCCCCCAGUCGUCAACCUGGUCGAGGAAGAUCACAAAAGGAGUCUACCUCCCCCACCCGAAGGGGCCCGAUCUCCAGCACGCCAGGGCGCUACCCUCGGGGUUGGCUCCUCCAGCGAGGGCCCCGAGGUGGUCCUGAACGUCUUGAAUGUUCGAUCCAGCCUUCUGAAGAGUAGGGACGCGGUCUUCCCCGCCAAGGCCCAAAAGUAUGUCGGGCUGCCUGUCGAACAACUGUUGGCCAAGGCUGCUAGCAGCUGUAUGGUGGUGAAUUCCAUGGUACACUCCCUCGCCCAACAAUCCGAGCUGCACCAUAAGGAGGCCCGAUUUGCCAUGGCAAAGGUUGAAGAAGCUGAGCAAAGAACCGUUGCCGCCCAGGUCAAACUGUCGAAGGCUCGCAGUCUCACCCAUAAGCUUGAGAACGAUGCACGGGCCCAGGACUUGAUUGAACAUAUGAUGAAGGAAGCUGACGAGCUGAAGAAGACCUUGAAGGAGUGUGAGGCUGCCUUUGACGAGGAGAUUGAGAAUGCUAGGAAGGCCGUUGUUGCUGAGUACCAGGGUUUGACAACAUUCCGCGAGCUAAGGAUGGAGAUUGGCACAGGUGCGCUUAUAGGAAGGGCUUCAAGCUUUGCCGGUGGUUGACUAGGCGUAAGUUCCCUAACCUCGACCUCCACGCCAUUACCACUAUUGGAGUUACCGACGCCAUGGCUACGGAGGCUGAGAAAGACCGGACUCGGAGGAAGCAAGCGACGAGGAGGAGGGAGGAAUGGAGAGGGCUACAAUCGACGAGGUCAUAGAGACCGAUGUGGUUGCUGCUGCCAAGGACGCCAUGGAGAUCGAACCAUCCAGGACUUUCGAACAUGUUGCAAGUGGGGGCAAGGAGCCCCAUGAAGACUAAUUCUGCCUCUUUUCUUGGACCCCCCGUACAUAAUGUCUCGAGCCUCCGAGCUCGGAUAAGUAGAUUUUUCUUUUCUUUCCCCUUUCCCCCCUUUUUUCUUUUUUUUUUUUUUGAAUGUACUUAGCCUCCCUUUUUUGCAAUGAAGUAAUGAAGUACAUUUUGUUCUCCACUCUGUGAACAAUUGCGCAAAUUUAAUUUUUUUCUAAGUGUAGAUUACCCCAAGGUGCCGAGCUGGUGAGCUAGGCAUAGUUAGGAAUAAUCCGAAGUCAAUGUAAGCCGAGGUGUGUGGACACUGUAGGGUAUGUACCUGACCUGUCUACACACCGAUGAGGCUGAAAGUGAAUUGCUUUUUUAUUUUGCCCAUGCCGAGGAGGCGACUG